AUGGCUCGUCGCGUAUGCAUCAUUGGCGCUGGGAUUUCGGGACUCCGUUGCGCCGCGGUUUUGCUUGAGAAUUCUUACGAUGUGACGAUUAUUGAGGCUCGAGAUAGGAUUGGAGGCAGGAUAAUGCAAAAGAAAAUGGGUAGUUUGGAAGUUGAUACUGGUGCUAAUUGGGUGCACAAGGGUGAUGACAACCCCAUCAUAAAACUAGCGAAAGAAACGGACACUCCACUCCACCAAUGGACCGAAAACACCCUCCUCGUCGACAGCGAUGGCAAUCUUGUCAACAGCGACCAGGCUAAUGAAGCGCUUUCGCGUGUUUGGGGUGUUUUCGAGAAAGCAAUGGAAUUUAGCACCACCAAUUCCAGCAACGUGGAUUCGUCAACCAGUCUUUAUGAUUUCUUCACUGACGAGUGUGAGAAAAUGAGUAGUAGUGGGAAUUGGAAUGAGUAUGAGAAGGGUCUGGUUUUGGGUAUGGCUGAGAUGUGGGGUGCUUAUGUUGGAGAUGGUGUUAGGAGACAGUCGCUGAAGUUUUUCUUUCUUGAGGAUUGCAUUGAGAGUGAUGAUUAUUUUAUUCCAAGCAACUACAAGAAGAUCAUGUCUAAGGUAUCUGAGAUUCCGCUGGCAAGAGCUAAGUUGAGACUCGGAACAGUCAUGACCAGCGUUGAAGCCGGCGAGAAUGAACAGGGAAGAGUAUGUGUCAAGACUUCGAAGGGAACAAGUGAGUUCUACGAUGAAGUUGUGAUUACGACUCCCCUUGGAUGGUUGAAGAAAAACAAAGAGACUAUUAAGCCUUUGGCGCCUCGAAUAUCAAAAGCUAUUGACUCCAUAUCUUACGGAAGGCUUGAGAAGGUCCUCAUUGAAUUUCCAUCCGCAUUCUGGGAAUCACCACAGACUUCAACCACUUCAGAAGUCGACAACACCAUAAGUUUUGCACACUGGCUCACCCCCUCGUAUUCCACAACUACAAACCCACAAAAAUGGCGCUUGGAAUGUGUGAGUUUCAACGCACUUCCACAUCCAUACAAACGUAAUAUCCUUCUCUUUUACACCUUCGGAGACUGCUCCACCCAUAUCACCACCUCGAUUCGCGAUCUCGAAGGAACAGCUCGUGAGGAAGUGUUAAAAGACUUCUUCGAGCCGUAUUAUUCGCGACUGCCUGGAUAUGAGGAGGUGAAAUGUCAGCCCGUCAGAUGGUUGGCGACAGAGUGGGGGAAUGAUGAGUUUGCGGGGUACGGGAGUUACUGUAAUUUUCAGGUGGGGAUGGGAGAUGCAGCAAAGGAUGUUGAAGCGAUAAGGAGUGGGAUGCCGGAAAAGGGUAUUUAUUUUGCCGGUAAGUCGUUUUAUUUGGUUUGA